UCUUAACGUCCAUUCAGAAGACUGCUUGCACCUCUCAGGACACUCUUGUCACUCAGGGGGUCCUUUCACUUGUGCAUAACAACAUGGCGGCCGCCUUGUGCAGAGGCAAACACAGACUGAAGCCUUUCUGUCACUUCGCUUUUCAGUUGCCAAGAAGACAUUUUACAGGAUCGUUUGAUUAUGACCUGGUGGUUAUCGGUGGUGGAUCUGGAGGUUUGGCGUGUUCCAAAGAAGCGGCUCAGUUGGGGCAGAACGUGGCUGUUCUGGAUUAUGUCGAACCUUCAGUGAGGGGUACUAAAUGGGGUAUCGGCGGAACGUGCGUAAAUGUCGGCUGCAUUCCUAAGAAGCUCAUGCACCAGGCCGCUCAGCUCGGCACGGCGCUCAAAAACGACUCGGAGAAAUACGGCUGGCGGAUCGCCGGUCCUGUGUCUCACGACUGGGCGACCAUGGCAGGAUCUGUGCAGAGUUAUGUGAAAUCUCUGAAUUGGGGUCACCGAGUUCAGCUGCAGGACAAGAAAGUGAAAUAUCUCAAUAUGAAAGGAAGUUUGGUGGACCGGCACACCAUCCGUGGAUUAAACGCCAGAGGAAAGGAGGCGACUGUGACGGCCAGGAACAUAGUGAUCGCGACCGGCGGGCGUCCAAAAUACCCCGCGCAUGUCCCGGGAGCGAGAGAGUACGGCAUCACCAGCGACGAUCUCUUCUGGCUGAAAGAGUCUCCGGGAAAAACACUCGUCGUCGGAGCCAGCUACGUGGCUUUGGAGUGCGCUGGUUUUCUGACCGGCGUCGGACUGGACGCCACCGUGAUGGUGCGUAGCAUCGCCCUCCGCGGAUUUGAUCAGCAAAUGGCUCGUUUGGUGACGGAUCACAUGGAGGCUCACGGCACUCGUUUCAGCUGGAGCUGCGUUCCUAAGAAGGUGGAGAAACUUCCGUCAGGGCUUCUACAGGUCACCUGGACCGAUACACAGAGCCAGCAGGAACAUCAGGACACGUUCAGCUCAGUGCUGUGGGCUGUAGGUCGAGCUCCUGAAAGCGGAACACUGAACUUGCAGCACGUCGGCGUUCAGCUCAACACAAACACGGGCAAAAUCAUCGUAGAUGAUGAUGAGCGAACAUCCGUGCCCAAUAUUUACGCCAUCGGAGACAUCGCACAGGGUCGUCCUGAGCUCACCCCGACGGCCAUCAAAGCGGGUAAACUCCUGGCUCAGCGAUUAGCCGGUCACUCCAACCAGCUCAUGAACUACGACGACGUGCCCACCACAGUGUUCACUCCUCUGGAGUACGGAUGUGUCGGUUUAUCCGAAGAAGAGGCCGAGAGGAGAUACGGCAGUGACAAUAUAGAGGUGUAUCACGCCUUUUACAAACCUCUGGAGUUCACCGUAGCUGAGAGAGACGCCAGUCAGUGCUACAUCAAGGUGGUGUGUGAGCGGGAAGAACCCCAGCGAGUGUUAGGGCUUCACUUUACCGGCCCCAACGCUGGAGAAGUGACCCAAGGCUUUGCGCUCGGCUUCCGGUUCGGGUUCACGUACUCUCAGCUACGCGAUACGGUCGGUAUCCACCCUACGUGCGCCGAGGAGCUCACCAAACUCCACAUCACCAAGCGUUCUGGUCUGGACGCCACGGUGACUGGCUGCUGAGGUUAAACCCCCUCCCUGCCUUAAAUACGCCGAACACACGGACCCAAGAAAGGAAGCGAUGUCAUGCUCGUUUAGCGUCAUCCUCUCGUUUUCGGGUUCGUCUCAGCCGCGGCCUGUCGUGACCUUUUGACCUCUCUAGUCUCAAAGAGCACAGUGUUAGGCAGUCGACUUUUUUUUUUAAAACGUUCCUGUAGAUGGACCGCUCCGAAACGGUAUCCGUUUUGGGGCUGGGCGUAAUUUGUGUUGCUUAUCAGUCGUUUAUUUAUUUAUUUAUUUAUUUAGUUAGUUCGUUUUCGUUUUUAUUCAUUUUAUUUUUUUAGCUCCAUGAUAACGCAGUAAGACUCUAGAGAAGCAACAGUAACCGCAAAACAGGCUCAUAAAUCAGGAUCAAGGCCCCGUUACAGCUCGUUGAAACGAGAGUCGCAGGAGAACGGAGCGGGCCGGCGUUUUUAAAAACAUAUUCGCGGAAUAUUGUUGUUUCUCCGGCUGUACUUCCUGUCCAUUAGUCAUUCUCCGCAGCCGACACUGAUGGAUGGGCUCGGACCGUCGCCACGGUGAUACACCCCGGUUCCCAGGGAAGCGGACAAACACCGGGCGAGCAGCGUGUCAGUCAAACCCCGGGUCGAGAGAGAGCUUGUUUAAACCACUUUUUUUUUCUUUAAACUACAGAGCUUUCCCCUCAGAGCACACAGAGAAAACACACGUGCUCCUUCUCUCCUGGCCUGAGCGACUGGAGCAACAUGAUCACCUCUGAUGAAGGGUGUUUAUAUAAAUACCCCAGUACGCCUGAAGGGGCCAGUAUUCACCUCCGUUUCCGACUGUCUUUACCCCACCAUGCCUGAUCGGUUCAGGGUGAAGGUUAAAUCUAUCUUCAGUUCGUAGCUUAGAUAAACCCAAGAUGUGCAUCGUGCUAACGAGUGGACUUUUACUUCACGCUGUUAGCAACCUUGGCUUUUAUUUUGUCUUUUGAAAUUCCACCCAGGAUAUAUUAUACUUGUAAAUAAUUGUGUAUUUUUGAUAAUGUUUAGAAUUUAGUUUCUUAAUUCCCAUUGGUGUUAUCAGGGAGAAAGGCUGCCUAUCUAGGGGCCCUCCUCCCACACGGAACAAGAUUUUGGAAUGGAGUAAUAUCCGGGAUGGGAUGAUGAUAAUAAUAAUAAUAAUAAUAAUAAUAAUACAGGUUAGGGAUUUUAUCUUCACUCCUAAACGAUCCCUCCAGGAUUUUUGCUAUCAAGCAAACUCCGCAAUAUUCGGAGAAGCUUGCGAAUUUAAAAUUUUUAUUUUUUGGGGGGCAUCAUGUGACGUCAUCACAACGCACGUUCAGCCAAAGCCUAACUAAAGGCUGACCCUGGAUAUAUAACUUUAUCACGUUAACAUGUAGACCUUCACCUCGUCUUUUACCCCUGACGUUACAGGCUCCGUUUCGGUUAGAACGUCACUCGGAGGUUCAAAGGUUGUAGGGAGGCUCGUUCUGUUUCACCAAGCAAGUUUUCUGUGUUUUUUUUUUAUUUUUUAUUAUUUUUUUUCACCCCAACAGAGAAGGUUUGUUUUUGUCUGAUGUGCCUCGGCUCUCUGACUAAUGAGGCGCGGGGUGUGCGUGACAGGCCGCUACGGAGACGGAGACGAGACGAGCAGCGCUACCAGGUUUAUUUGGACCUGAGGAGGGAGCGAGGGGUCCUGCGUUCAUGUGUUUUAGGGAACAGGGGGUGCUGACUGAAGAACCCUGACCCCGGUACACUACCAAUAACAAUAAGAGCAGCAUAGCUGUAUCCGACACACACACACACACACACACACACACACCUAUAGGGAACAUGGAAGGACUGGGACCGGAGUUCCGGCGUGUGAAAACACUUUUUAGGGUCAUCGUAUUUCAUUACUUUUACGCAUCGUAACGUUUGUUUGUUUGUUUGUUUGCGAUCACGUGUUCAUUUAGCUACGCUCAGCUACAUUUCUGACGCCGAACACAACAGUAAAUCAGAUAGCUAGCUCGCUGACUAGCGACACCUAACUAGUAAACUAGCCACACAAGCCGGCUUAACGGAGUUGGGUGCAAAAAUUAGUGCCCCCCUCAGCUUUUUUGUGUAAAGGAGGACGGAAAAUGUAGCUGUUUUCUACUAGAAAAAACAUCAGUGCGACAACAAUCCAAAAUGAGCAGAUAGAGACGUUUUUCUCAGAGGAUGUGAAAGGUGCAAGUUGUUGGAGAAUAUUGUUGUCACGCCCAGAAAAGGGGGAUGCGAUGUUGCACACACCACGUGUCCUGUGUUGGUAUUCGUGUAGUUAAAGACUUUUUUUUUUUUUUUUUUUCCUUCAUAUUGUUUGUAUUGCACUCGAUUAAAUUAAAAACAUAACGAUAAGUGAUUUUUGCGGCUUAAACAUGGCUAAAAAUGUGAAGAAAGAAAUUUCAGUACCACAAAAUAUUGUGUAACUUAUUACCAGAACAUGCCAAGUUCACACUUAAGCAUUUAUUUCUGACACACACACACACACACACACACACACACACACACACACAUGCACACACACUCUGAGGGGUCAGGGUUGAGCUUCUCAGGGGGUCGGUUAAUGAGGACCUGCCCCAAAAGCCCUUGUUGGAGAGGGCGGGUCUGAUGUGCCCCGGCGUCCCCACUCUGCGUGUGUGUAAAUGGCGGAGGUUAAUCUGAUCUAAAGCUGUGUAUCUGUAUAAUUUAUGUGGAAAGUAAUAAAUGAUGAGCGCGAACAGCGCCUCUGUUUCAUUAAUGAUGCAGUGUGUGUGUGUGUGUGUGUCUUCUCUUUUUCCCCUCCUGAGUGUGUGAGGUCAGAGCUUGACAGGGGUCCGUCUGUCAAUCUGGGGUGAUAUGAAGUAUCUGUGUGUUCUUGUGUUUGUGACUGUCUGUGCCUGUAUUUGUGUGUUUUU